UUUGUUUGUUUUUCCAAGCGGACGGCAAUAUUUAUUUCGUCUCAAGUAAUUUAAGUAUUAGUAACAAACAAGCCGCUGACCGAGUAACACUGAUUAAUUCAAAAGAAAUUCCCAUUUACCAAAUAUACAAAUAGAGCUUCUGAAAAAAUGUCAACAUUGGGGAUAGUGAUACAGUUCCUCCUUCUUGGCCUUGUCCUAGUUUCUGGCAGUUUUCGCUAUCACAGAAAACUGAAAUACUCUCCGGAGCUGAUAAGCGAGCUAAAAGACUUUGAAAAGCUGAUCCCCAGUGUAACCAUCGAUGAAAUAGUAGCCGAGCACAUGAUUACGGAUUCCGGCUUUCGCAAAGCCAUUAAGUUUUUGCGCAGCUCCGAUUUCAAGAGGUUACAACACCGCAUUGAAUCUCUGCCAGAAGUUGUGGAUCUGAUUAAUUUUGUGCACCUCAAUGACACGGCCACAGGAGAAGUGAGGAAACACUUUCUCUAUCAUGACAAUUAUAUCAGAAGUCGCCGCUCUGCUGGUGAAGAAAUCAGAGAGGAGAUCGUUGUAAUACUACUCCAGCCAACCUUUAUUGUUAGGCAACUGAAUUCGUUUACAAGCUUUGUGGAAGAACUACUUACUCAUCUGCCCCGUGAUCGCUUUGUGGCUUUAAUAAACGAAAAGAGGAAGACAAGCCCGAUAUUUGCAAAGUUCUAUCAGGCCCUUAAAAGUCCGGAAUUCAAAACAAAAUCUGAAGCGGCUUGGAGCUCAACCAAUGUGCAGAGCGUGGUUCGAGAGCUCUCGGGACACUCCAUCAACAGCCAGGAGCUGAAAUCGAUUGGAUACGAAGUCAUCUCCUGGGGUCCAACCUAAACCAAGAACUCAAUGUACACAAGUCCAAUAAAAUCAAAACUCCAUGGCGGUGUUGAAGAGGUUCAAAGAGGGUCAAAGUCAA